AUGCGGUUGGCCAAGGCCUACUACGUAUUUGAGGACGUAGUUCUUUCGCAUAGCGGAAUUACAGGAAGUUGUAAAAGAUUUUCUCAAAUUGCUCGCCUUUUGACGAGACGACUCAGAAGUAUUCAGCUCACUUCUGAUGAUUUUCUGAUUCGUGAUAUGGAACGUUUGCAGUUGGAGGUGAUUUCCUCCAGUAGUUUGGCUUCUGGAGUUUUGACUCAGUUGAGCAUUCAGUCUUCUUUGGAAGACAGGAUUCAGGAAGCCCAGAAGUUAGAUUUUGAUUAUUCGACGUUGAUUGCUCAGAUUGAAUCUGGUAAGAAGCCUGAACUCCGAGUUUCUGAUUCUGGUGCUAUUUUCUGUAAUAACAGAUUGUGGGUACCUGUGUUCGGAGAUUUGAGGCGGGAAAUUCUGUAUGAAUCUCAUCAUUCAGGCUACACUGUUCAUCCGGGAAGUGGCAAGAUGUACGGAGAUAUGAAGAGUUUGUUCUGGUGGCCGGGAAUGAAAAAGGAUGUAGCAGAUUUUGUUGCUAGAUGCGAGGCCUGUCAGCAAGGGCACGAUGCCAUUUGGGUGAUUGUGGAUCGACUGACGAAGUCUGCUCAUUUUCUUCCGAUCAGACAGACCGAUCCGGUGGAUCGAUUGGCACAGGUAUAUGUGAAAGAGAUUGUCAGAUUACACGGUGUGCCUAAGAUGAUUGUUUCUGAUCGAGAUGGACGGUUUACUUCCAGACUUUGGAAAGGUAUUCAGCAAGGUUUGGGUACGAAGUUGCAUUUCAGUAUAGCUUUUCAUCUGCAGACUGACGGACAUAUUGGAAUGGCACCGUAUGAAGCUUUGUAUGACCGGAAGUGUAGAACUCCUUUGACUUUGACUAAGAUUGAAGAUAGACAGGAGAUGGGUGCCACUUUUGUAAAAGAAACUGUUAAGAAAGUUGAUUUGAUUAAAGAAAGAUUUGGCAGAAUGAGUAAGCUCAGUCCAAGGUAUGUUGGACCGUAUGAAAUCCUUGAGAGGAUUGGUAAAUCUGCUUAUAGACUGUUGCUAUCUGAUCAGAUGUCCGAUGUUCACAAUGUGUUCCACGUAUCUACUUUGAGAAAGUGGAUAUCUGACUCUAGAAAGAAGGUAUCUGCUGAUGAGGUUGAGAUUCAGGAGAAUUUGAGCUAUCAAGAAGAACCCGAGUUGAUUCUAGCUUACGAUGUUCGUAAGUUGAGAAGUAAAGAGAUUCCGAUGGUUAAGGGGCAGUGGAAGCACCGAACUGCACGGGAAGCGACUUGGGAGAAAGAAUCGGACAUGAGGAAGUCGUAUCGGUACUUAUUUUGA